UGUAUGAAGUAAACGAAGAUAUUCUGCGUUAUUUUUUGGAUAAGCGUUUUACAGUGAAAGAUACGGCAAAUCUUCUGGGAGUCAGCAAAAGAACCAUUGAAAGGAGGAUGAACGAGUUUGGUUUAUCAGUUUCUAAUUGUUAUUCUGACGUUAACGAUUCAGAUCUCGAGUUGGUCAUAAGAAACUUAACGAACGAGUUUCCCAAUCUUGGCUACAAACGUAUGUCAGGAUUGCUAUUAGCAAGAGGUUUGCGAAUUCAGCAGGACAGGAUUCGUUAAAUGAUGCGAAGAGUUGAUCCACAGGGUACAUUGUUUCGUGCUUUGUCUCUUAGAGCAGUGCACAGACGUAAAUAUCAUGUUACUAGCCCUUUAUCACUUUGGCAUGUUGAUGGCAAUCACAAAUUGAUUAGGUGGGCUACUAAAAAAUACCUAUUUUGUGGCGUUAAUAAAUCUCAGUUUUGCAUACAAAUGUGCUAGUAGUUUCAUAUUUUUAGAUGGCGAUUUGUGACUUUAUUCGCUGUAGCACAAACAAUCGAGCUGAUACUGUUCUAAGACUAUUUCUAUCUGGUGUAUCUCAAUAUGGACUGCCAUCCAGAGUAAGAACUGAUAAAGGAGGUGAAAAUGUUGGCAUUGCUCAAUUUAUGUUAAACCACCAUUUGCGAGGACCUGGUCGUGGCAGUCAUAUUACUGGAAGAAGUGUGCACAACCAACGGAUUGAGCACUUUUGGCGAGAUCUUUUUGUUGGUUGUACAAGUCUUUUUUAUCAUUUAUUCUAUCAUAUGGAAAGUAAUGGAAUAUUGGAUCCAUCAAAUGAAGAACAUGUGUUUUCAUUGCAUUAUGUGUUUUGUCCAAUUAUUAACAGAAAUUUGGAAAUUUUCCAGGAAGGUUACAAUAGAUCUCCCAUAAGAACAGAAAGAAAUCUAUCACCUGAACACCUAUGGAUCCAAGGAUCUUGCUUAGCCAAUAAUUCAAACAACCAUAUACAGCAGGAAAACCAAGAAUUUCCACCCACCUUUACACAAAACUACGCAUGUCAUGAAACAGAUCAGCAACAAGUGAUUGUUCCAGAAACCAACAUUCCAUUGAAUGAAAUAGAUCUUGAUGAGCUGCAAAGAACCAUUAAUCCUUUAAGGCCUUCUAAUCAUAAUGGUGCUGACAUAUACAUUGAGGUGCUUCAGUUUGUAAAUACCAGACUGCACCAGGAAGACGAGUGACAUUGUGAACUCACAAAACAAGAAAAGCUACUUGACCUAUUGUUCAUUGGUGUCAAUUCAGAUAAUACAAAAGAAGAUAUGUAUGGCAAGGAAGGCUAUAAAUUUUUCAUUAUAGUGAUUAUUCAAACAUUUUAACAGAAAAUGUUUUUUA